AUGAAGACCUUCGCUAUUGCUUCUUUCAUCGCUUUGGCCUCUGUUGCCUCUGCUCAGCUUGACAACAUCCCGCAAUGCGCUCUCUCGUGCUUGCUCACUCCUCUCUCCAACGAUGGCUGCCCGGCCCUUGAUGACUUCAAGUGCCACUGCGAGAAGGCCGACAGCCUCUUCUCCUCCGCCAUUCCCUGCGUCCAGAAGGCUUGCGAGGCCGCUGACCAGCAGAAGACCAUCGAGGCCGUCGAGGGUACCUGCAAGCAGGCUGGUGUUCCAAUUCAGGUUCCUGUCAUCGGUUCCAGCAGCGCUGCGGGAACUCCCACUCCCACUCCUACCCCUUCCGCCACUCCCUCAGCGACUCCUGAGGAGAGCUCCACUCCCACUCCCUCCGCCACUCCUUCCGAGACUCCCGAGCAGAGCUCUGCUGCCUCUUCAGCCCUUGUCACCGCUACCCCCUCUGGCAACGGCACUGUUCCCUCCUCCACCCCAUCCGCAACCGUCUCUGAGUUCACUGGUGCCGCUGCCCAGGCUACCCAGGCCAUUGGUGUCAUUGGCGCUGCCGCCAUCGCUCUCCUUGCUUUGUAA